UUCUUUUUUUUUUUUUUAUCAACGACACUUAACAUGAGUUUCUUUCCAACUGCUCAACGUCCUAGUCAUUUGGUGGAAUUCAAUGCUGGAAAGUGUAUUCGUGAAAACAAUACUCUUAAGCCUGACUUGCGAAAAGGUGUUAUAUAUAUGGAUCAGAGUGACGAUCAAUUGAUGCACUUUUAUUGGAAGGAACGUAAAGCAUCUGAACCUGAAGAAGACUUGAUUAUCUUUCCUGACGAAGCUGAAAUGGUCCGAGUACAAGAAUGCACCACUGGACGCGUUUAUCUUUUGAAAUUUAAAUCGUCCAAUCAAAAAUUAUUCUUCUGGAUGCAAAGCAAAAAUGACGAAAAGGAUGAAGAAAUGGUUAACAAAGUGAAUCGACUUAUCAAUGAUCCUCAAAGUGUCAUUGAAGAAGGUAGAUCUUCUGGUCGUAUGGACUUUUCAAAUGAUUCUCAAGAUUUGAUGCAAAUCUUAGGUGAUAGUGGUCAAGAUAUUGGCAUGUCUCAAGAAAAUCUUAUGCAAUUCCUUCAAGCAGCUGGUGGAUUUGGUGGAACUGUACCAACAACUACACGUCUUGGCGGGGAUGGACCUAUUGACAGUUCAAUGGAAGUAGAUGAAGGUCAUGAACAACGUGAAGACGCCUGUCUUUCCUCAACUCAAGUGGAAUCUAUCAAAAAUAUACUUGCUGAUAUCACAGUGGAAGAUACAAGUGAUAUAAGUCCAAUUGAUCUUGCUGAAGAUGUAGUAUCUGUUAAUGCUUUGACACCUUUGUUACAAGAUGAUGCUUUACGACAAGCUUUAUUCCCUGAUGUACCUUCAACAACAACAACAAAUCCAUCCCAAUCUGAAUUGACUGAACUGGUUCAAAGUACAAAUUUCCAAUCAUCUCUGCAAAAACUGAACAAAGCUCUUCAAACCAAUGCGUUGGAUUCCAUUUUGACUUUUCUAGGAUUGGAUUCUCUAUCAAAUGUAAAUACCUUUUUGAAAUCCAUGGAAGAACAAGCUGAAAUUAGACAUCGACAACGCCAAGCCGAACGACAUGAUCCUAUGGAACACUAGAAUAAUUCCCAUCUAGCCUUUGAUUUUUCUUUUAUUGUUUUUAGUUCGUUUACUUGUAAAAUACUUUUUUUUUUUUAAUCCCAUUCUAUAUCAAUAAACGCCUUUUUUUU